AUGCCACCUCAGAUACGCCCGAUCUCUGCGGAAUUGCAAGCCAAUGCCACGAACAAUCUUAACGAGGUCCCUGAACGUAUCGAAGCUGAUCUGGAGGCUAUAAAGUCUUGGAUCGAUCAACAGCCCCAUCUUAAUCCCCGCACGGAUGAUCAGUUCCUGAUCGCUUUUUUGCGGGGUUGCAAAUACAGUCUGGAGAGAACCAAGGCCAAGUUGGAUAAAUACUACACUUUGCGCACCAAAUAUCCUGAACUCUUUAACAUCACCAACGUAGACGAUCCAAAGUUGCGUGAAAUUCAACGGCAAGGACCCAUCGUCUACCUACCCAAUCUAUUGAAUGGAGUUCGAUUGGGCAUUUUUCGACUUGGUGUUGUGCCUGCUGAAAAAUACAGCAUAGGCGAAGUAAUGCAAGUCGGUCAGGUUAUGCAGGAAAUUGCUCUAAUAGAGGACGAUUAUGCAAUAAUCAAUGGUGUGAUAUUCAUUAUGGAUAUGAGCGGCGCAACUGCAUCGCACAUGUUUCAAAUGACUCCGGGUCUGGCUAAAAAGAUGACAGCGUUCUCAGAGGAAGCUUUGCCCAUGCGACCUAAGGCACAACACUUUGUAAACACAAUUACGGGCUUCGAGACGGUCUUCAACAUGUUCAAACCUAUGAUGUCGAAAAAGCAGCAGGGUAGACUUUUUGUGCAUAGUAAAAUUGAUUCGUUGCUGGAACAAGUUCCCUUGGAAUACCUACCCAAGGAGUAUGGUGGCCAGAAUGGUUCACUUGCGGAAAUUAUCGCGGAAUGGGAUACCAAAUUUGACGCUUAUAGAGAAUACUUUAAAGACAAUGCGAAGUAUGGCACUGAUGAGAAACUUCGUCCCGGAAAGCCUAUUGAUUUCGAUAGCAUCUUUGGUACUGAGGGUUCGUUUAGAAAGCUAGAUGUAGAUUAGUAUUUAUGUACAUUAAUUAUGGAUUAGCAGCGGAAGACAGGGUAUGUAAGUUACAUAAUUUUCUUAAUUCUUUUUUGUAAAAAGUACAUUGAAUAAAAACUGUUUAUGGGAAAUCGAA